AUGGCUCGCACCAUCAAAAAGUCCAGAUCGAAGAGGACCAAGGGAUCCAGGAAAGGCGAGGCCUCGUCAUCGUCCUCGACUAACCAUGCGGUGGCUUCUGGCCCGGCUCAGGUGUGGCAACCAGGUGUUGAUGCGCUGGAAGAGGGGGAGGAGCUCCAGUUUGACCCCGAGGCUUACAAUUAUCUCAGGGGAUUUAGCAUUGGGUGGCCUUGCCUGAGCUUUGAUGUUCUGCGCGAUCAACUCGGGCUUGUGCGGUCGGAGUUCCCACAUACGUUAUACGGCAUUGCUGGAACACAGUCCGAGAAGGCUUCAUGGAAUUAUGCUGGUAUUUUCAAGCUUUCCAACAUAAAGGGCAAGAAACGGGAACCAAUACCAUCUUCAGCUUUUGAUGGUGAUGAUGAUAUGGAUAGUGACAGCAGCAGCGACGAAGAUGAUGAAGAAAUCAAUGAAGAUACAGAGCCCAUUUUGCAUUUACAAAAGGUGGCUCACGAGGGGUCGAUAAACCGAAUACGCUCAAUGAAUCAAAAGCCGGAAAUUUGUGCUACAUGGGGAGACACAGGUCAUGUUCAGGUGUGGGACUUCAGCUCCUUCAUUGCUUCAUUAGAAGACCCAGGAACAGUUACACAUAAAGAUAACGACAUUAUCCACAAUCAUGCACCUCUAAAAGUAUUUAGUGGCCACAAAGAUGAAGGCUAUGCUAUUGAUUGGAGUCCAAAUGUUACUGGAAGACUAGUUUCUGGCGAUUGCAAUAAGUGCAUUCACCUGUGGGAGCCGACUUCAAGCGAUUGGAAUGUAGACACCAAGCCAUUUGUUGGACACUCUGCAAGUGUUGAAGAUCUACAGUGGAAUCCCACAGAAGAAAAUAUGUUUGCCUCUUGUUCCGUGGAUGGGACGAUAGCUAUAUGGGAUAUACGUAUAGGGAGGAAACCUUGUUAUGCUCCUGUUAGGGUUCACAAUUCUGACGUGAAUGUGAUCUCAUGGAAUUCGCUUGCAGGUUGUCUUAUAGCAUCAGGUUUUGAUGAUGGCAGUAUCUCAGUCCAUGAUAUUAGAGCAAUCGAGAGCGGUGAGCCUGGUAAGUCCUUGGUAGCACAUUUUGCAUACCACAAGCACCCGAUUACGUCUGUGGAAUGGAGUCCAUAUGAAGCAUCAACUUUGGCUGUAUCAUCUGCUGACAAUCAACUGACAAUUUGGGACCUUUCGUUGGAAAGGGACGCCGAAGAGGAGGCUGAAUUCAAAUCAAAGAUGAAAGAACAAGCAAAUGCACCCCAAGAUUUGCCCCCACAACUUCUCUUUGUUCAUCAGGGCCAGAAAGAUUUGAAGGAAUUGCACUGGCAUCCACAGAUACCUGGGAUGAUCAUAUCGACAGCAGCUGAUGGCUUCAAUGUGUUGAUGCCUAGCAACAUUGACGCAACCAUUCCAUUGGCUGGGGCAUCGAUACCUAUGCGUAUGUGA